UCUCUGAGGGCACAACUAGAAUGGCGGUGUGUAUCGCUGUCGUAGCAAAAGAGAACUACCCGCUGUAUAUCCGCAGCGUUCCUAGUCAAAAUGAGCUCAAAUUUCACUACACCGUGCACACCUCUCUGGAUGUGGUGGAGGAAAAGAUUUCUGCUGUGGGGAAGUCAUUGGGGGAGCAGAGAGAGCUCUACCUGGGUCUACUCUAUCCCACCGAAGACUACAAAGUAUAUGGGUAUGUAACCAAUUCAAAGGUUAAAUUUGUCAUUGUUGUAGACUCAUCUAACACAUCAUUGCGAGACAACGAAAUAAGAAGUAUGUUCAGAAAACUGCACAACUCCUUCACUGAUGUAAUGUGUAACCCAUUCCACACUCCAGGAAAUCCUAUUCAGUCAAAGGCCUUUGAUGAAAUAGUCUCUGGAAUGAUGGCUUGAUGUCCUCUACAGCCUCCCAUGUACAUUACCGUGCUUUACACUAAUCUGUGAACCCUUGCUUGAUUAAAUGCAUGUGAAAAUAAAAAUUUUACUACACACAUGCAUCAUUUUAGUACAAAUGAAGCGUCAGAAUUUUCUUUAUUUGUUCACAUAAAGCAAAGGAUGUAUAAGUUAAAAGAAAAGGAUUUAUACAAGCAAGCACAAACAAAACACUUUCAUUAGUUUGUAAAAAUGGUAGGACACAGCGGCAUGAAUGCCUGAUGGUCACCCGAUCAUGCAUUAGCACAAGCUUAAAAUGAUCUAAAGGACUGAUGCAGACAAAGCAGUGAACCAAACUCCGUUUCAAAUCAGUUUAUACACCCGCUUUGUAAACAAGCAGGGUCACUAGCGCUGUUGGGGGUAGUGCUGUCCGCUGGCCCCGGCUCCCAUUUCCUCUGAAGGUGGGGUGAUGAGGAGAAGACAAGGGUAGCGUUUGGACGUCUGUUCGUGAUAAUCCAGGUGGCCCCACUGUCUCUUCCCUACCGGGGGGCCUCCAUAGUAAGGAUGGGGGUUCUGGUGCUGUGGUCUCGUGGACUGGUAGCGAAACCUGCCUCGAGAGCCAGGCUGGCCCCUGGGGGGCUGAAAGCCUCGCCCUCGGCCUCUUGAGUGGCCACCUCGGUGGCCUCCCCUGUCAGUGGUGCUGAUGCCAGGCAUGUUGGUCCUUUUGGGCA